AUGAAAUUAGAGGAGGUUCUGAAUAUAAUUGAGGUAUCAGAUGAUGAUGUUGAAGUAACUGAUAACACAAGUACAACUGAUAAUAAAAAAACACGCCUAAAUUAUUCUCAGAUCAUAGACGAUUUUUUCAGUGAUACGACAUCAGAUGAUUCUGAUUCUCUGGGCAUUACAGACACUGAAUCAACCUCUGCCAAUAUUUCAACUUCUUUACUGGGAGAAGAGAUUCAUGCUAUUACAGACGAUAUCAAGGGAAAUUCUAUCGCAAAUUCACCGAAAGAGGUACUUUUAUCGCCAAAAUCCCCGCAGGUUGAGUUAAACAAUGUUACAAAUAAGAAUGAUGAAUCCUCCGAUUUUGAUACUGAGACUCUGGAAAAAUGUCAAUGCAAUAUAGAUACAGAGACACUUGUAAAUCAAUUAUGUGAGUCAUGUGGACCGCUAUUUGAUUAUGUAAAAUAUGGAGUUAAAACGAAGUUGCAUGACUGGGAUAACGUCCACAAAUUACACUUUAUUCACAAUAUAGGAUCACUCAAUUCUUGUUCAACGCCAGUCAGUAAUAAAGAUGAUUCAACAACAGAUCCACAAAUUGGGAUAGAUGAAGAUGUAUCUAAUAUUUCGCAAGUAUUCCUGAAAUCAUUAGGGUUACCAUGUGCCACACUUGAAGAUGGUCCAAAGAAUAAGUUGGAAAUUAAAUUCCGUCAUACGCUAUCAAAACCACUUGAGGAAUUGAAAAUAUUUGAAUAUGGUUUGUUUCCACUAGAAAAUGUAUAUAGGCUAAAUUCUAGUGGGUCGGAGAUUAUCAUUUCAUGCAUAGCCUCCAGCACAGAUUCCCUAAUUGUUGGAACAACACACGGAUCAGUGUUUAUAACUGAUUUAUCAAGCUACAAUGCGGAACGUCAAUUUGGCUCUUAUAACGAACAAGAAACCUUUGAUUCUAAACCCUGCUCGGCCACCUGGUAUGAGAUUGAUUCACAAAAGGAUGUUUCUGUAACCUCUUUGGAUAUUUUACCAAAUACAAACUGGGCUACAAUCGGUUAUAGUAAUGGAACCGUUAAACUCAUACAAAAUUCUAAGACACCCUGGCUAGACAAAAGUUAUUCGACCACCAAAGGUGAAGAUGAUCUAAGAAAGGAUGAUGUACCUAAUCAACAAUCUAAUUCUAAGAGUCUAGGUAUGAUGGCAAAUGCUGUCUCAUCUGCUUUUAGUGGUCUUAAAAAGUCAACCACACAUGCAGUGUGUUCGACUCGUGUUUUUGACAAUGCAGUUAUGAUUUCCAAAUUCACAUUUGAUGAUUCAUGCGAAGAGAUCAUUUGUUGUAACAAAAAAUCCGUGGCAAUUCUCACAUACUCUAAAACGGUUUUGUCCCAUAGUCUAAAUGUUAAUCAUUUGCAGUCGUUGAACAACCGUCUCGCGGAUUCGGAUAGAAUAUUAGAUAUUGUUUGUUUAUCUUCGAAUCCGCAGUCUAAAUUUGUAACUGGUACUGCGGUUGGUGGUGUUUCCGCCAUUUUAACUCUUAAAAGUUGUAUAAUCCUAUCAUCAAGACCAAAACUAUCGGUUUUGUUCACUGUAUCUUUGGACAAAUUGUUUAAUAAGGUUAUGCCAAUUGAUGGUAUAAAUGUAAUCCCAAGUGUUACAUGGUUAAUAUUUAACAAUGGGAAAAGGAAUGUAAACCCACUGCUACUUAUUUCAGUUGGUAAUAGGGUGAGAUUUAUCCUUUGCACGACACAAAAUGCCAAAAAUGCUCCUUUGCUCAAUUGUGCUAAUCUUGGAACCCUCAGUUUUCCCUCAAAAAUACGGUACAUUCACAUGGUAACACGCCUUAUGUUCGCAAUUAUGGAUGUAGACAAGGUUUUGCACAUUGUCCAAAUAAAUUUGCUUGCUAAUCCGAUAUAUUAUGACGUUAUCAGAUCAGUCGAUCUAAAUGAGCUUAGCAUAAACAUGGGCUUAGACACGGAAAAAUAUGGUGAAAACUGGAUCUAUGACAUAGUUGGGAAUAUUACUGUUCACUCCAAGACCGUAAAAAUGAUAGCAAAGGGAUACAAAAAAUUUGCGAAUCUGGUAGCAGAUUUGUUUCAGGGAAAGAAGGCAGAGGCUUCAUUCGAUUUGAAAAAUAUUUCUCUUUUGGUUUCAACACCAUUGGGAAUUUUUAAUAUCGAAAUAAAUUCUUGGAUUAAAGUUAUAGGUGAACUGGUUGCAUCUAAACUUUUCUCGGAGGCUAUAGCAAUUAUAGUGGCUUUAUCUGAAGAAAUUAUCCCAGGUUUAUUUGAUUUUACAGCAUUUAAGACUAAUAUUAGUCAGUUAUUAUUAUAUACCCUCCAUCAGGCUUCUGCUCACAUUAUAAAGCUCGUCAAAUUUAUGAAUGAUACCCAAUCUUUAUCUCCAAAUUUGUCUCUUGAUGAAAUUACAAAUAUAACUGAAUCAGACCAUAAUUGGAAAGUAAAGGUAAAAACAGAUGUAGAAAACCAAAUCAAAAUUCUAUGCAAUAGCAUGAUUGAUGGGUGUAUAUUGCUGCAACUUUAUGAUCCUCUCAAUAAGUUGGUUUUUCGCUGCUUUUCUACAAUAAAGUUGGAACAUAUCUUUGUAAAGUCUAUUCUCUUGAAUUUUUAUCAAAAUAGGGCGAACUUAACACACUUGGAUUCACAAGUACUAGAAUCAAUUCUCGAUACCUAUGACAAUGUGUUGGAUUACAUCGUAGAUAAAUGUAUGAUUGAUAUAGAAAAUGCUGAAGAUCUUAUCCUUUUUCUGGAUGAAAUGAACUUGGGAGGGAGUACUGUGUGCUUGUCUCAAAAGGAAGCUUCAGAUAUUUGGAAAUCUAGUGGUUUAAGUGGCUAUAAUCAACUUGAUCCAAUAUUGCUAAUAUAUAACAUUUUAUCAAACAAUCUUGUUAGUAUGCAGCUCUUUUGUUUCAAAAACAAAAUCCUCAUAGAUGCAAAUAAGGCAUUGUGCCGUUUAUCUAAACAUCACUUGUGGCAUGCCCUAAUGUAUUGCCAGUCAGAUAUGGCUGAGGAUAUCUCUGUACUCAUGAACAUUUACAUUUCUGAAGCUUUGGAUAAAUGUAGAUCUAUAGGUACAACGGUUUUAUCUCCUGAUACCUCAGUAACGAGUAGUAUUGAUUUGUCUAACACUAUUGAAUACAAUCCUUUGUUAUAUAUUGUUCCAUUUGAAACAUCUGAAAAACGCUUUAUAAUUCGUGUUUUGUUUCUCACCCUUAAUACUUUUUUGACAUUUGGAAAUUCUGGCAUGGAGACUAAACUCACUACAGAAUAUUAUCGAAAUAUAAUUUCUUUUUUAUUAUCUUCAUCAUCGCAAGAAGUAAAUGUAGAACUUCCUAUAACUUCAAAAUUUGUAUAUGCUACUCGUGUUCCACAACUAAAAGACGUGAAAUUCGACUAUUCAAACUUCGGAAAUGAGCGUUUUGGUUAUGAUCCUAGGACUAUUGAUGAUACAUUUAUAAUGUACAAUCUGAUGGUCUUAUCUCCUAGGUUGCUAUUUGUUUGUUUCGCAAAUUUGUUCAUAAAUUGUGAUGAAUAUUUUGAAUCCAAUGAAGCCACUAUAGGCUCAAAAAUUGAAACGUUCAACUUCUUUUUGAGCAAUAUCAUACCAUGUAUUUACAAACUUGAAUCUUCUGUCGAUGAUUCAAAUCAAUCUAUUGAGUUUAUAAGGAACAUAAAGACGAUGUUGGCGAUAUUAAUACUCGGAACGACUAUUUUUACAGAAAAUUUCUUUUUGGAUCACAGAACUCAAACUUUGGCUAUACACUCACUUCUAGACCUUAAUAAAUAUCAUAAAAAUGCAGUUGUAGUUAAUGAUAUAUCAUGUUCUUCGAGUGAACUUACAAACACUGAAGGUUUUUUUAACAAUAGAAGCUAUCAUAAUAUUUUUUCAAAGAAGAAAGGUGAAAGCACAAACUUGCGUGAUAUAGUUUUAAAAAUGUAUUUAACAGAAGAUACAUUGGAGCUAUUGACAUCGUAUAUACAGAGAUCAAUUUAUUUUAUUUAUUCAACUAUUGACCGCAAUAUGAAUUUAUCUGAUGAUUCGAAUUUCAUAAAUAUUAUGGAAAUAUGUAAAAACUUUACUUGUAUGGCAAAAACUAAGAAUAUCAAACUUCUUCUUUGCGAAGUUUCUGCAAAAUUUGAGAGUAUAUUUAAAGAUUAUGGAUCAUCAGGUGAACCAUCCUCUGUUUUUCUUUAUAUAGAAAAAUUGAUAGAGUAUAUGAAGAUGGAUACUGGAAGCAGUUUUUCUCCUGAAAAUGUGACACAACUACUUAUUUCUGAUGUUAAUUUCAGGAAGAAGGUAGUGAUUGCUGUAAUGGAUAAUUUACCUAUGCUUAUUAAUUUGGACUUGUCAAGGGUUACAAGUAUCCUGGCUAAAUUAUUUUCUCUGACGGAUAUUAUGAAAAUAUUCAACGAAGACAACUUGGAAACGUUUUCAGAUAUGCUCUUAAAUACUCUUUCUGAUGUUCCGGAUCUUCAACUGUUGGUUUUGGAUUCGUUUUUGAGAUCGAAUACGAUAUCGGAUGAGAUGAAUAAUCUAUCAAACUCUUACUUUGAUAAAUAUUUAAAGUUGCUCAGCUUGUACGAAAAAUCAAAUGUUUGUGAGUUUUUGAAAACUCAAAAGAUUCUAAACAUUACAUAUUGUCUAAAUGUUUGCAAAGAAAAUUCUAUUGAGGAUGCCGUGAUAUAUCUCUUAAUACGUGCUGGGAACAUUGAAGAAGCUACUGUGUGGCUAUUGAAAUCAUUUACCAGAUCUAUAAAUGCGGAUAUAGAUUUAUGUUUUUCCAUAGUAGAAACUUCUUCCAAUCUCUGUAAAGACCACGAAAUGCAACUUUCACACGAAACAGUAGAAAGGUUUUGGUUUACGGUGUUAGAAGUUACCAUUUUUUGCUACAAGGAAAAUUUGGAAGAUCUCCAUAAAGAAAAAAUUUGUGCACUCAUUGAAAAGAUUUUCACAAUGGGCAUAUUAAGAUUUGUAAACUUCAGAGUUACCUUGACAAAGAUUAUAGAGUAUGAUUCGCUGUUGGUGUUUUUUCGCUUGCCAUUACAUAAUUUAAUCUCUGACUACAUAAUGCAAACAUUUAUGGCUGAUAAUGCAGUAUCAAUAUCUAAAGAUUCGCUUAAUAAUGAAUUUAAAGAGGGGUAUCUGUUUAGUAAUAGAGGAAUUGUGAUAAGCACCUCAAACCGAAUGCUCAGAACAAACAAACCUCUAAUUUGUCCCGUCUGUAAAGAGGAGCUGGGACCAUCCAUAAUGUCUGGGGUGGGUAAUGGUCAAAAAAAACAUACAAAGCAGGGUAGCAAAUCUAGAUUUAAAGGUAGCACAUCGCAGACUACUCAUGCAAAUAACAUUACACCAUUUGAACAGAAGAUUGGAGUCGUGGUAAAUGUUCCAAUUUAUGGUGUAAAGAAUAAAAUGGAUGAACCUAGUUUACCAGAACAAACAAUUAGUGUUAAAAACCUUUAUAAUGACAGAUUAUCUACCUUUGCUCGUAGAAACUCGGCAUCAAAAACUGAUUCUGAAGCACACAAGUCUCCAGCUCUUACAAUAUUGGACCAACGGAUCAAGAGAGGAUUUGGCACAAAUUUGCAAGCUGAGAUCCCCGUAAAGGUAUUUUGGUGUAAACACGCGUUCCACCAAGAAUGUGCACCAACAACAUGUCCUAUCUGUACUGAAUAA